AUGAUGACGUGGAUAGCUAUGUUGUUGUUUAUUCAUCAGAACAUAAAGGUGGACAACGUAGAUUUGGCAAUGAAAGUCCUUCAACUGGCCGACCGUUAUGAUAUUCUACUUUUGAAGGUUUGUUAUAUUGUUUUGUGUUUUCAAGCUUUAGGAUAGAAAUUAUUUUAUCCUUCUGAUGAAAAUGAAAGAAAAUAUAUUCUGAUAACCGGACGAUGACAUUGAUAAUAAAAAAUGUGGAUGUUUUACCUAAAAUUAGCUGUUUUUAGCUGCAAUGCAAGCUGUUGUUGAUGGAGGACGUUGAUAUUGAACGUGCUGAAGAAUGCCAAGAAUUGGCCAAGAAACUAAACAUGGAUGACUUGGCUUGCAAGUGUGCUGAAGUAAUAUACUACAAUUAUAAGCUGUUAGUUCAGACCCAUCAUCGCAAGAUUAGUACCUAUGGCAUAAAAGUAUCCAAAGAACUGGUUCUAUCAGAAUCAGGAGAAGUAUGGACAUUAUCGGGUAUAAAAGAAAUUCGUAUGGCAGGAGAAGGCAAUUUUUUGCUUCGUAUGAAGAACGACACGCCUGAUAAGGCAUUCUACAGCGUUUACGUGGAGAAGUUGAACUAUAACCAGCAUUAUCCUGGCAUUAAUGGAGAACUAGAUGAUGGAGAGUCUACAGAGUACGUGGUUAAUGUGAAUGAUCUCAAAACUUCCGGAUAUUGUGGUCCUCAAGGCGCACUGUCGGUGAAAUUUUAUGGUGAUGGAAUUGAAUUAAAGGAAAGAAUUUCCAUUUUUAAGUAA